AUGACUACCAUUCUUUAUGCUGUUCGAAAUUUGAAGAGCUGCAUUAUCCGAGUAGAGAAUUUGCAUCCAAGUAGUGCAUCUGAAUUUGACAUUGUAAACACUCCUAAUACUGAGAGGAAUAUCGGCGGCUCUCCUACAUCACAAUCUCCAAGUUUGUCUUCAUUUUCAAUCAAAUUAAGUAGUGAUGAUGGAGGAUCAAAUUCAUCACAACGUCCGAUUGGAUCAAAAAAUGCAAAAAUCAAAAGAAAGAUUGCAGAAGGUAAUAGUUCAUCUGUUGAAAAUUUGGUUUCAUCAAAUGAAAAACUUCUUGAUAUCUUACAAGAAAGUGCAUCAAGUAGAGAAAAAGGUUUUGAGAUAGCUCAAUUACGUGCGCAAAAUCAAGCGAAACAAUUAGCACUUAAAGAAAUGCAUGAAGAAAAUAAAAUGUUGCUGACAAAUUUAGAUUCUAUUGUUUACUCUACUACUCAUUUUAUCUACCGGAUCUAUGAUUAUGAAUCAAUUUUUAAGAUUGUUUUGUAUAUACUUUUGAAAUAUACCGUAUUCUUUCUUUUCCACUCAAGAGUUCUAAGCUUGGAGACAUUUGUAACUUACGGUUUUACAAAAACUGUCUUUGGAUCACAAGUGGAAUAUGCAAACAAUGAUUUUGUGAGUGGUCAACCCGAACGUUUAGAAAAGAUAUCCGAACCCUAUGUGGCAAGGGUGAAACCAAAUAUGGAGUUGGAUUUAAAACUAAAUAAUGAUGGAAAGCUCAGAUUUGAGGAGUACACUAGUUAUGGUACUGUCGUUUUACGCUUCAAAGGUAUAUAUAAAAUGGUAGAUGAUCCUGAAACCAACUCAUUCAUCUCGUGGGGACCCAAUGGCAAGAGUUUCAUAGUACUGGAUCAUGAAAGAUGUGCCGGUUUUGUCCCUUACGAUUUACUUGAAGAAUGUAGUUUUACAAAAACAGUGUCUGGAUCACAAAUGGAAUUUACAAGUGAAAACUUUAUGGCAGGCAAACCCGAGCUUUUGGAGAAGAUAGGCGAAAAGCAUAAGCCAGUGAGGAUUGCAUAUUUUAAGAAAUUAAGGAAGCGUAUGGAUGAUUUAUUGAGGACGUUUGAGAAACAAGCUCUCCAUAACUAAUGAAUCUUGAGCAAACUCGAUUCUCAUUAGUGUCGUGUUUGCAAAUGCUGAGCAUCAUGUUGGACUUUGAUGAUCGGGCUUAAUGAAUUCUGGCUUUAUGAAAUAAUGUUUGGCUCAUAAAAAUACACUAGGAUAAGACCCGCGCC